CUUUCCGGUUGGGAUAUGCCAUACCCUUGCUCUCCGAUUGUGGAUUUCAGCUUGAGGACAUUUUGCGGGUUUUGCAUUAUGAUAAUAUUUCCUAUGAUGCAUUUCCGUAUGUGGUGGGUGGUCAUUAAGAGUUGUGCGGCCGCGUUGAGAGCAUCAAUAGUCACAAACCCGGAAGAGUUUUACUACACUGCUACUAUUUUUUGUUUUGAAUGUUGUAUUGCAACAAGUGGAUAUAGUGACUUUCCUGUAUUAUAAAUUCACAAUGAAAGGGCUAGAGACAAACUGGGUGUGCGGAUUAAACAUGGACAACAUAAAUCAUUGGUCAAAGACAGGACACCGUCAAGAUGAGGCUAACACACACUGUUUGAAGAUGGGAUGCGAGGAUGACAACACUGAAUGGGUCGACUUGGACGAGGCCGAGUACCAGAUGAAAUGUAUCUACGUUGUGGGUGAUAAACCAUGCGAGGACGACGCUGAAGAAAGUCGGGCCGCCGCCUCGUUGCCUGGAAAUCUCAACUACAUCCAGCGAGAUGAACAGAUCGUGGGUGUUGGUGCAAUAGGCUACAUCCCCAAGGGGACUCGCUUCGGUCCACUGGUCGGUCAGAUCUAUCGAGAGGAAGAGGUACCUCGUGACGCUAAUCGAAAGUACUUCUGGCGGAUCUAUAAGAACCAGAAGUUCAUCCACUACAUCGAUGGAUUCGACCCGCAGAAGAGCAACUGGAUGCGGCACGUCAACCCGGCCAACUCGGCCUGUGAUCAGAACCUCGUCGCUUGCCAGUUCGACACCGAUAUCUACUUCUACACCGUGAAGCCGAUACGACAGGGCACGGAGUUACUGGUAUGGUACUGUACGGAGUUCCAGAGAAGACUGGAACAACCCGUUAUCAUGCAGGCCGUUACGGAGGGCGAGAAAGGAUGUGACUCGAGUAUCAACGAAUUGAAUGACACACAAGAAGAAGACAAAGUCCUAGACUUCAGCAUGUCCUCUCGAAGUUCCUCCGCCGGUAGAAGAACCAUCACCCCACCCACAUCCUCCCCGUCUCCCGUACCUGCCGACUACCCAAGUCUACCAACCAAACGGCCGUCACACCUCCCCGCCGUACCCAUGGGGGCUGUGAUUUCUAACCCUGCUACGGGGUUGGUCUUCAGCCAUCGCAUGACCAGUCCGCAGACCUCACCCGUCCAGAAGGGAGCCACCGGUGCUAUGCCUCAGAGCAGGGCCGAGUUGAAGCCCAACUCGACCCACCACCAGAUCCCGAAGCACAUCGCUGAUGCGGCUAGCAAGGCAGGGGUGCUCAUCCCCCACCCGAUCCCCCUGCAAGUCGGCCGGCACCACGGGCUACCCUUCAUCUUACCUCAGUACAUGUACAAUCCUCUCCUAGUCAGGACGACUUUGCACAGUGGUAUGCUACCGACCCAAUCCAUGAUUCCCUUCGACUCACGUCUCCAUUCGACACACACACAAGACAGGAACAUCAAGAGAGUAAUUCUACCAGCCUGCUCAGCACCUGUAGCCACUAUCAACCCAAACGUUGUUCUCAACGCUAGCUCACCAAUCUACUCCUCCCCAACCUCGUUCACUAGUGCCAACAACUUCCAGCCCAACACAACAACACCUCAAACGGAGGAUGAAUCAACAACCAGCACGGAUUACAAGCUGAUUCGCAAGAGGUCCAUCAACCCGGACUACGGCCACAAAUCUCUGGAGUACCCGCUCCCAAGAAAAAAUGGCAAGAUCCAGUACGAGUGCAAUGUGUGCCAAAAGGUGUUCGGUCAGCUGUCCAAUCUGAAAGUACAUCUACGGGUACACAGCGGGGAGAGACCGUUCCGCUGUGAGGUCUGCAGCAAGGGGUUCACGCAGUACGCCCACCUCCAGAAGCACUACCUAGUCCACACCGGGGAGAAGCCUCACUGCUGCAACGUAUGCAACAAGUGCUUCAGCAGCACCAGUAACCUCAAGACCCAUAUGAGGUUGCACAACGGUGAGAAACCCUACAACUGUAAGCUCUGCCCUGCUAAAUUCACCCAGUACGUACACCUGAAACUCCACAAGCGAUCCCACCUCGAGGAGGGGUACGUGUAUGACCCCACGGACGAGGCGAACUUGUCCCCGUCACCAACACCGUCCUCCCCCACGGAUUCCGUCUCCCCACCGCCGUUCAAGAAGAUCAAGUCGGAGUUCCACGGCUACACGAAUCAUUUGGUGAGCACCGACGUGGCUGAUUAUUUUGGACAGACCGGAGAGAGGAGUCCGGUGAACGAUUCAAGCAGUGACGACGCACGGGAGGAGGGCCUGGACCCAGUAAGGUCACAUAGAGGAGGAGGUACAAAGCUAGCAGAGCAAGGGGAUAGCAAUAAAAGAAUCACCGAGACUAACAUGGCGCAGAAGAGAAAGGGUCUACCGCCCCCUCUCGUCCCUGUCACAACCUCAAACAACGGUAUGAAAUACAUUGUUGGUAACCCAGCGAGCUACGAGGCAAUUGACACAGCCAACUUUCCCAAGGAAAAGGAGAUGGUCUUCCCUCGCCAUGUUAACGAGGCGGACCACCCUCAAAACGAAACUAAAUCCAGCUCCUCGGAUAUUAAAUCAGUGAUUCGUCCAAGCGAGAGCGAAAACCCAAAUGCAGCCAUUGUGUACAGUAGAGCCAGGGAGUCUGAAGACUUUAGUGUGAAACGAGAAAAGUUUAUGCCCGGUCAACUCUUGUCCCAUGCAACCAAAAUCGAAAACGUUGUUCAGAAAAUUCUGAGCAAAACGGUUCUGAGUUGAGCAGAAUGUUUAGGUUUUAUGCACGUGACUCCACUUGAGUAUAGCGCCCUCAAGUAUAGGUCGAGUGACAGUUUUUCUUUGGCCCAUCCUUCAGGGGCCGAUUUCCGAAGAGCUAAGAUCGAUCGUAGUUUGUUUUUUGUAAAGUAUGAUGUCACAAUACAAAGCACGUAAUACUGGAAAUUUGGCUUGCUGUGACAAUAAUGGCUUUGUGAAAUCGACCUGCAGGGCCCAAUAUUAUAUCAUAGGGCUACUUAAGCACAAAAUUAUGGUAACCAGAAUAAGAAUACCAGCCAAACUACCAUGUCGCAUGUUCAAUUUGUGCCUGGUACUCUGCCCAUUUCUACUUAGCAGAAAAAUGUUCAGCAUAUUUGUUGCUUAAGCAGCUCUAUGAAACUGUGUCAUUUAGGCCCUACGCCUGGCAUUACACAGCUAAGCGGGUCCGUUAUUUCGUCGGGCCGUUUUGCCUUUAGAGUGACAAUUUUUGUAAUGUUCUGUAAGUGUUUUCAGUCGCUUAGAGGAAUGGUUAAGUAUAAUGUGCCUUUAUGGUUCCCCAGAAAAUAUUGAAUGUAACAUUUCGAUGAAGAUUGUAUAAAAUAUUGGUCAAAUUGUUGAUAUACACAGAUUAAUAUAUUUAUUGAUUGAUUCUACUAUUUACAUUAAUUGUAACUAUCGCUGCAUAUUUUGUAUACAUUUAUCACAUUUUAAUUGAGUGUUUUUUUUAAUUUAUUGAAUGAAUCUUUUAAGUUAUUCUUGAUUACUCGGAGACCAAAGUUUAUUAAUAAUUAAUCGAGUAUUUGGAUACGGUUUUUCUAAUCAUAAACAAGUUGUUUCAAAAAGUUGUUAGUUGUUAGCAAAUAGGUCACAAUGGGUUUGAGACUUUUGCCAGAAUUUUUGUUUACACUUUUGUAUUGAUGUUUCUACCUUUUGUCAUUUUCUCUCAGCCAGUACCACUUUCAUGGAACUGUUAAUAAGCAAACAUUGCGACAAUACCAUGUUGUCAAUCUUAGUUUCUGACUCGAACUAGUUCAAAGAUGGUGGUCAAUGACGUCAUGUGCAACCCAUGAUCUAAUGUGCAUGAAUACUUUGCGCAGUUUGCCAAUAGCGCAGGAAUAAUGUGCGCAAUAUGCCGAUAGUGCAGGGACAAAAUUUAACCCCGUUGAUAACUCUACCAUCUACAUUGUACAUAUGCACGACAGUUCCAGUCUGCGUUUCAACAGACAACUAUGUCAAGUCGGUAUAAUGGGACUGAAUAUUCUAAGGGGUGGGGGGGGGGGGCAAAUUGCGUGAUUAUGUAUUAAUAAGUGUCAACUACUUCACGGGCAACGUGCCCCCUGGUUAGAUUGGUGCCCUAAUACUCCAGUAGCAGUAGAUAUUUACAUUUUCCUCAUAAGUUGCCCUUUACCAAGGACAAAAUGCUUUGGUGUCCUGCCAAUUCAAAAACGAAGCCUACUGCAUGAUGUCUUUGUUUAAUUUGGUCUCAAUGUACAAAUCCCAUUCAUUCACUGAUAGAUAUCUUCUUAAAUAUAUACGCAAUCCAACACUUCCAAAACGUUACGACGUACUCAUACGACGUACGUGUCGAUUUAUAUUAUUGGUUCAAGCUAGUGCGUUUCCCUUUUAUCUCAUGCCAUUAUUAUUAAUCAGUACUAUUGUUGAUUGAGAAUGCGGGUUUGAAACUACAAUUUGAAUUAUAUUACGCAGCUAAGUGUGACUCUAUACUUAUGAUAAUAAUAAUUCCAGAGUUAUUGUUUGUUUUGUCAGGAAAUUUUAAAGUUAAUUUUGAUGAAGGUUUUUCAAUUUUGCCAAUCAUUCACAGUCAUAAAUUUAAUGUAUCAGUACUAUAUCAAUAUGGCUUUCUAUUUAUUAUUACUUAUUACUUUGUUUUUGUUUUGUUUUGUUUUCUUGAGAAAUGUAAAACGCGGAUUUGCUUUUUAUUGUGAGAAGCACGGGCAAAAAAAGAAGAAGAAAAAAAGGAGAGUGUCCAAAAUUAAAUCAGUGUUUCGAACAAAUUUAGUUCAGACUGACAAUAAUGAUGGUAAUGCCACAUAUGCUGGUGGUUUCUUAUACUUUUUGAAAAAGUUAAGAGAAACACAAAAUAACAUCAGUUUAUUUUGUUGUAUGGGCCUAAGGCUAAUUUCUAGCAGGCAUUUUGUCUCUGAUUGGUAAAAAAAAUUAUUACGUCAAACCUCUUUUCAUUGUUUUGGAGUCUUUCCUUACAAGGGAUGGUUUUGUUUGUGACUUUAUUUUGAAUUAUUUUAAAAACUGUGCUAAUUAAAGAUAAGUGCCAUUUUCUCCCCGAAAUACUGAAAUUAAUUAAUAUUGUUACCAAUGUGCCUUCAGAUUAAGAGUAUUAAUGGAUUAAAUAAAUAAUUUAAACGUUGCUGUUUGUGAUUUAAA